AUGCAACGCCGUAAAAAACCAGUACCAGAGUAUCUCAUUGAAGGGUUGAUUGGACUAAACUUGAAGGUUAAUGAUAAGCCAGGCUCUUUGAAUAAAAGAAAUAUGAUGGAUACAGAGAGGAGUGAGAUUAACAAGGACAAUAAUUGGAUGCAGAAUGAAAAUUCAGAUUCGUUUGAAGGGGACAUUGCCUUAGCAUGGAAGGAUUAUAUGGAAGUGAGGAUAUUAACAACAACUUCUUACUCUAUUGUUGUUACAGUUAAGGAUGAGGGCAAGAAUCUGGUUUGGGGGCUGGUCGGGGUAUAUCUCAGUACUAAUGAGCAAAUCCGGGUUCAACAAUAUGAGGAUCUAUCUGGCCAACUAUUACAAUUUGAGGAUAACCUCAUUAUCAUGGGUGAUUUCAAUUCUCUAAGAAGUCAGAAUGAGAAGGAAGGGGGCAAUCUUCACACGUCGGCUUCCAUGGAUAAUUUCAAUGGUUUUAUUAAUGAUAACAGAUUGAUGGAUCUUGGGAUGAUGGGCCAGUCGUAUACCUGGUCUAAAAGGAUGUGUGGAAAUGAACUAAUCAGGGUGAGAAUUGACCGAUUCAUGACAGGACAAGUGUGGAGAAAUGCUUAUACUUCAGCAGUGGUUUGGGAAGACGGCAUUCAUGGGUGUAUAGAGUUGAUUAAAUUGGAGAAUAAAUUGGAGGAUGAACUUAACAAGGAGGAGAGGUAUUGGAGGGAGAAGUCCAGGUGUAAAUGGUUGAAAGAAGGUGACAAAAACACGAGGUAUUUUCACCAAAAGUGUGAAGUCAGGAACCGAAAAAACAAAAUCUGGGGAUUGACAACCACUAAUGGUGAAAUGGCUUCAAACUCUGAGAACAUUGCUAAGGUAGCUGAGACAUAUUUUAAAGACAUUUUUUCAACUACAAACCUGGAGGAACUGAGUUACCUCUUUGAUGAGUUCAACCCUUCGGUUACAACUUUCAUGAGCUGA